AUGCUCCCACCAUGCGACCCAACAAUACUCGAACAGAACCCUCGAUUCAAGCUCCUCUAUGAAACCCUCACGUCGACCCUGUUGAACCCCGAUGGCUCUACGCGCGCCAAUGAUGCUCUUCCAGCAAGAACAGCUGUUUUGGAAGAGUUGAACGAGUGUCGAAUGCGAGAUGCCAGGAAGCAAAUCAUCAAAAAGGCGAUCGGGCGGUUGGCAUUCGAUGGAGAGAACGAACUGCCAGACGAGUGUCAGCACCCUGUGACGGUUACUUCGCUUUACCUUGACUCCGAGACGCCACUGGACGAACUCGAGGAUACCCCCUUGGGAGAAGAUACGCUGGCGCUUUUACGACCCGAUAUCGAGACAUUCUACUCGAGCAUCCCUGCGUUGAUAUUACCGCUGUCGAAUAUUCUCUCCGCAACAAUCAAUGAUCUUCGUACAUUGGCUAAGACGGGGGCAACCCCCGAGCCCCCGCAGCAGCAGCCUCCGCAGAAGUCCUCUGGAGCAGCAGUCUCUGCUGCUGCUGCUGCUGCGCCCGCGGCACCUCGUUCUUCUCGGGGACGUCUCCGUCAGCCAGCCCCGAAAGCCAAACCACAGGUCAAACUGGCUACACAGCUAAGGGCGCGCAUCCGUACCCUGCGACAGCUGCAGCUGUGCGAGUUGCCGGCAUCCCGCCGGGAGAUGGCCGCUACGGCGGCAGCGGUGCUGGCCACACGGGCGGAGAUCAUCGAACAGACGGUGAUGGUGCUGGAGCGGGCGAAACAUGGCGCCCUGGCUCGGGCUACAAAGGCCAAGGCCGAACACCUAGCUACAGUCGCAGAGGGGAUAGAGGAAAAGCUCAAUGUCAUGAAGCUUGAAAUCUCCGCGGCAAUCUACACGCCCGAGAACGUCUCUGCCCUCACCCGCUAUCGCGAGCAUUUGAGCGAUACCCGAGACUCACUGGAAGAGAGGCAGCGCCGCGCGGUCCAAGAGCUAGAAGCUUACCAGGCCAAUUCGGCAGGUCCAAUGGUUCAGAUUGCAGAACGGUAUGGUGAUUUGGUCAGAGAGAUGGAUGCCAGCCCAAAAACCGCCACUCCAAAAAUCUUCCAUAUUCAGCACCCGAUUAAAGCAUUAAUUAACAGAAGUAGCCUGCGUGUCAACAUGGCCGACGAUAGCAUUUCCAUAUAUGACGAAAUCGAAAUCGAAGACAUGACCUACGAUCCCACGUUGGAACUCUACCAUUACCCAUGCCCAUGCGGCGACCGAUUCGAGAUCUCUCUCGGGGAUCUCCGCGACGGCGAAGAUAUCGGCGUGUGUCCCAGCUGCAGCCUGAUGAUCCGUGUGAUCUUUGACGAGGCCGAUCUUCCCUCGGAGAACUCGCAGCAAUCAGCCGGUGCAGUUACAGUUCAGGCUUGA